AUGGAUUCCCUUGAAGGAUUAUGGAAAAAACUGUCACUAUUAGAUGAAGAAGAAGUUGGUAUAGCAUGCCCAAAGAAAACAGAGCAGGAAUCCUUCACUCUUGCUGCCAAAUUUUUGACAAAAAGAGUAGUCAAUGUGGAAUCAGUGGCCCGCACAUUCAGGCCACUCUGGAGAUCGGAAAAGGAUGUCCAAAUUAAGGACAUGGGCGACAAUAUCCUAUUUUUUAACUUUGAAGAUGAAUGUGAUUUGGGCAGGGUACUUGAACACGAGCCCUGGACUUAUGACAAACACCUUGUGGUCUUUGAGAAAGUGACUGCAAAUGUGCCUAUAUCAGCACUUGCCUUCCAGUUUACAACAUUCUGGAUCCAAAUACAUGAUUUACCAGUCCAAUGCCUAAACCAGGAAACUCGUAACGCCAUUGGAAACUCACUGGGCACAAUUCAACUCAUGACCGACUCAGAAAGCGAAGGAGGUAAGGGUAACUAUUUACGUGUUAGAGUGCAAAUUGAUAUCACAAAACCUUUGAACAGGGUUCGCAAGGUAUGGCAUGAGGGGUCUGUUAUUGGGUGCACAAUUUUGAAGUACGAACGCCUCCCAAAUUUCUGCUACUAG